CUUUAUUCCCAAAAUUGGCCCAAAUCCUCGGAGAAAACUGAAAAGUUGAUUCGCUUCUUCCCCUCCCUCCGUUCUUGAAUGCUUUUGAGCGAUUUCUUGCUGUUAUUUUGUUUAUUUUGUGGGUGAAUGGUUCAAUUCAUAACUGCAGUUGCAAGAAUCCCUGAUUUUCACCCGUAGAGAUUGUUGCAGAAGAAGAAAGAAAAGGGUAAUGGAAGGGGGUGGGGCAGAUGAGAGUGGGAGCUCGUCAGUGGCCUCACUGGUGAAGUGGAGAAGGGAGUUUUCCGGGAGGUUUCAGUACUACUUGGACAGAUCUGUCCCUUAUACGGCUGAGAGGUGGAUGGGAACCCUAGCUGCUGCGUCCGUUUAUGUGCUUCGAGUUUACUGUGUCCGUGGCUUUCAUGUCAUAUCCUAUGGUGUUGGAACCUAUCUCUUGAAUUUGCUGAUUGGGUUCCUGUCCCCGAAAUAUGAUCCUGAACUUGAAGCUCUGGAUGGUCACACUAGAGAUUCUGAUGAGUAUAAGCCGUUUGUUCGCCGUCUCCCUGAGUUCCUGCUGUGGUAUGCAACCACAAAGGCAUUCGUUGUAGCGUUUUUCAUGACCUUCUGUUCAGUGUUUGACGUUCCGGUUUUCUGGCCAAUAUUGCUUUGUUAUUGGAUUGUGCUUUUCGUUCUCACCAUGAAACGCCAGAUAACGCACAUGAUCAAGUACAAGUAUGUGCCCUUUGGCUAUGGAAAACUGAGAUACACUCGGAAGAAAUCUGCUGCAAGCAAUGGUGGCUCAUCAAGGGAUUGAAAUUUGCCAGUCCUCAUUAUAUUUUGUUGUUUUUAAGAUCAUCUUAAGAUAAAUGAGCAUAAAGAGUAAAGUGAACA